AUGCAGUUCUAUUCCACAGUUCUUGUUGUGAUCGGUAUUGUUGGGGUGUCUGCAAUGGAAAGUGGCGUACAUCAAUUGCCGAUUAAGAUGUUCGAUGAUCUUGAGCAGGAUCUACGACCGUUAGUGGUUGAUUCAAACCCACUUUCUACGGAUGGAUACAAAGUCUACCCCGGACAGUUCCCGUACCAUGCUCGGUUGUUUACUGAGCGUGAGGGUUUAGUUGGUACUAUCCUGACUGCCGGGUCCCUCAUUACACCGAAUUAUAUCCUUACGAGUGCAGCGGUCAGAAAUAGAACCACUCAUGGAUAUGCGAUUUUGGGUAUCGACGAUGGAAGCACCCCAGAAACGCAGCAGCGUAUCAACUUCUCCCGAAAUGCUACGCAGGUACAUCCCGUCCUGGACAUCACUAUAGUUCGCCUAGAUCAUCCAGUUACCUUCACCAAGUAUGUGCAACCGAUUCGUUUGCCCAGCCUGUCGGACUCCCGCACGUAUGAGAUGAUGGAAGGCACAAACGUUGGAGGAUCUUCUUCCGGACCACCGUUUUAUUUGAGUAGACAGAUAAUGCCGUUCGAUAGAUGCAAUGCGCGUCGUAUUUGCACGAAUUCAUUCAUAGGAGGAGCAUUCUGUCGUCCAGUGUACGGUUCUGGGUUGAUCGUGGAGGAUGAGAAUGGGCCAAUACUGGUUGGAGUUACAACUGAAGUCUAUGGAUGUGACCGGAACACUUCUACGCUUUAUGACCGUGUAUCUGAGCUUCGUGACUGGAUCAGUGUAAACUCGGACUAUGUGUUUGAUUUUUAA